AUGCACCGGGUUGCAAGUGCAGGAAAUGGAAGUAAUUCCGUGCGGUCGCGCAAGGAAAAGAGGUUGACCUUUGUUCUAAAUGAUGCAGAUGAUAAGAAGCAUUGUGCUGGUAUAAACUGUUUGGCUGUAUUGAAGUCACCGGGACCAGAUGAAUGUGAUUACCUGAUUACUGGUAGUCGUGAUAGUACACUAAAGAGAUGGUCAUUGGCUGAAGAUGGUGCGACCUGCUCUGCUACAUUUGAGUCCCAUGUUGAUUGGGUGAACGAUGCUGUCCUUGCAGGUGGUAACACAUUAGUAUCUUGCUCUUCAGAUGCCACUGUUAAGGUGUGGAAUUGCUUGUCUGACGGAAAAUGUGUGAGGACAUUACGUCAGCACUCCGACUAUGUCACUUGUCUCGCUGCGGCGAAGAACAAAAGCAAUUUUGUAGCGUCAGCUGGCCUUGGUGGAGAGGUAUUUAUAUGGGAUCUUGAAGCUGCACUUGCUCCCAUUUCAAAAUCAAAUGAUUUAGCUAAAGAUGACAGCCCUACCGCGGUCAAUUGCUUGGGUACUUCAUUAUCGAACACAAGUCUUCGGCCUAUUGGAUCAAACAAUAACAUCUCUGUGCAUUCAACUCAGUCUCAAGGAUAUGUUCCCAUUACUGCAAAAGGUCAUAAAGAGUCUGUGUAUGCCUUAGCCACGAAUGAUCACGGAACACUUCUUGUUUCUGGUGGAACUGAGAAGGUUGUGCGUGUUUGGGACCCAAGAACUGGUUCUAAAAGCAUGAAGCUUAGAGGGCACACAGAUAAUAUUAGGGCACUACUGUUGGAUUCUACUGGCAGGUUCGUGGGAGGGAGUAGAGUAUGUUUGUUGUGGGAUCUUGGUCAGCAGCGGUGUGUGCACUCCUAUGCUGUGCACACAGACUCUGUCUGGGCGCUUGCCAGCUCUCCAACGUUUAGUCAUGUUUAUAGUGGUGGAAGGGAUCAUUCGUUGUAUCUGACAGAUCUGGCAACAAGAGAAAGUAUGUUGCUCUGUAAUGAAGAUCAUUCUAUAUUGCAAUUGGCACUACACGAUGAUAGUAUAUGGGUUGCCACUACCGAUUCUUCUGUACAUGGAUGGCCAGCUGAAGCACAUAAUCCAAUGAAAGUAUUUCAACGAGGUGGUUCAUUUCUGGCUGGAAACCUGUCAUUUUCGAGGGCCAGGGUUUCACUUGAGGGUUCCACACCUGUACCUGUUUGUAGAAAACCAACAUUUAGCAUUGAUGGAACUUCGGCAAUAGUGCAGCAUGAGAUUCUAAACAAUAGAAGACAUGUCCUGACUAAGGACACUGCUGGCACUGUGAAGCUGUGGGAAAUUACUAGAGGUGUAGUUAUUGAAAAUUAUGGAGAGGUUUCAUUUGAGAAGAAGAAAGAAGAACUAUUUGAGAUGGUGAGUGUUCCUGCAUGGUUCACUGUAGAUACAAGGCUUGGGAGUUUGUCGGUACACUUAGACACUCCACAAUGCUUUUCUGCUGAGAUGUACUCUGUUGAUCUCAGCAUUGCUGGAAAGCCUGAGGAUGACAAGGUCAAUUUGGCUAGAGAAACCCUAAAAGGACUGUUGCAACACUGGGCAACUCGACGAAAACAGAGGUUUGGAUCUCAAACUUCUGCAAAUGGUGAGGUUCCUUCAGGAAAUGCGUUUUCUACAAGAACAGUAACAUUAUCUAGAGUUGAAGGCGGAGAUGGUUUCAUUGAAAAUGAUUCGACGGUGUAUCCGCCGUUCGAGUUUUCUUCAGCUGCUCCUCCUUCUAUUGUUACUGAAGGCACUCAAGGAGGCCCUUGGAGAAAGAAAAUUACCGACCUGGAUGGAUCCGAAGAUGAGAAAGACUUCCCUUGGUGGGUUCUUGACUGUGUGUUGAACAAUCGCCUGCCUCCGAGGGAGAAUAGCAAAUGUAGCUUCUAUUUGCAGCCAUGUGAAGGUUCUGCUGUGCAGAUCCUUACACAGGGAAAACUUAGCGCACCUCGCAUUUUGAGGAUACAUAAGGUCGUCAACUAUGUCAUAGAAAAGAUGGUUCUUGAUAAGCCAAUGGAUAUUGUGAACGGUGAUGGAACUUUUGCCACGGGGAUGCCUGGUGCUCAGAUCUCAAUUCCAUCUGUUGGGGAUGGUUCCUUUCGUGCGGGACUAAAACCAUGGCAAAAACUGAAACCUUCUAUAGAGAUCAUGUGCAAUAACCAGGUGUUACCUCCGGACAUGAGUUUAGCAACUGUACGUGCAUACAUAUGGAAGAAACCUGAUGACCUUGUCCUUAACUACAGAGUGGUGCAGGGCAGGUGA